AUGAAGUCAACUACGGUUCUUGCCGUCGCCCUCAAUGGCGUAUUGGCCGUUGCCCAGACCAACGGUUCCAACCCGUCGGAGGUCCCGUACUACGGCAGAAGUCCUCCGGUCUACCCUUCCCCAAUCGGCAACGGCACAACCAGCGCCGGCUGGGCCGCUGCGUAUCGCCAUGCUAGAGCUCUAGUAUCGGAAAUGACGGUCGAAGAAAAGGCCAACAUCACCCGAGGGUGGCCUGGUACCUGUGUCGGUAACUCCGGUGCGGUUGAGCGACUCGGGAUUCCGGCGCUGUGCUUCGCGGAUGCACCCGACGGCAUCCGCGGCCAAGAGUUUGUUUCCGCAUUCCCUGCCGGCAUCCAUGUUGCUGCCACGUUUGACAAGGCCUUGCUUUACAAGUAUGGCAAAGCUCUUGGCGAUGAAUACUACGGGAAAGGUAUCAACGUUGCCCUUGGUCCAGCCGCUGGGCCUCUUGGUCGCGUUGCUCGCGGUGGUCGCAACUGGGAAGGCCUCUCCAGUGACCCCUACCUCGCCGGCAUUGGUAUGGGAUCUAUUACUCGCGGAAUCCAAGAUGCCGGAGUCAUCGCAACGGCCAAGCACUGGUUGCUGAAUGAGCAAGAGUACCGUCGCCGAGUGUCUGAUCUCGGUGAAGCCAUCAGCUCCAAUGUCGACGAUCGCACUCUGCACGAGCUUUACGCGUUCCCGUUCAUGAACUCUCUCAAGGAGGGCGCAGCUGCUGUAAUGUGCUCUUACCAACGCGCCAAUCAUUCUUAUGGAUGUCAAAACUCGAAGCUUUUGAAUGGUAUCCUCAAGACUGAGCUUGGCUUUGAGGGCAUGGUGGUUUCCGACUGGGAGGGUCAGAUGGGAGGUGUUGCCUCAGCCAACGCCGGCUUGGACCUUGUUAUGCCUGGCGCAGGCUUCUGGGGUGACAAGCUGGUUGAGGCAGUGAACAACGGCUCAGUUACCGAGGACCGUCUCUCCGACAUGGUUACCAGAAUUCUCGCCAGCUACCACUUCCUCCACCAGGAACACGCCUUCCCCGAGCCUGCAGUUCACUCCAACCUUCAGAAAGCCUACCCGGUUGACGUGCAGGCUGAUCACUCUCAUCUCAUCCGUCAAAUCGGAGCUGCCGGUACUGUUCUGGUGAAGAACGUCAACGGCACCUUGCCACUCAAGAAUCCCAAGUUCUUGUCAAUCUACGGUUACGAUGCGACUGUCAAGGCUAUCCCUUGGGAGAACCCAAGUCGCUACGGCGGCGGCUAUGAAGUCAACUUCGGCUGGGAGACGUUCAACGGAACUUUGAUCACUGGAGGUGGUUCAGGUGGCAGCACACCUCCGUACGUCGUGUCUCCCUUCCAGGCCAUUCAGGAGCGCAUUUCCAAGAACAAGGGUAUCCUGCGCUGGGAUUUCUACUCGGAGAACCCUUCUCCUCCCUACGUCAACUCUGAGGCCUGUCUUGUCUUCGUCAACGCGUACGCUUCAGAGAGCUUUGACCGACUCAGCUUGACGGAUGAGUUCAGCGACAAUCUCAUCAAGAAUGUCGCUGCCAACUGCUCAAACACCGUCGUUGUUAUUCACUCAACUGGCAUCCGCACUGUUGACGAAUGGAUCGAUCAUCCCAACAUCACUGCCGUUCUUUUCGCUGGUCUUCCCGGCCAGGAAAGCGGUCACAGUCUGGUUGAUGUCCUCUGGGGCGACGUUAACCCCUCUGGCAAGCUGCCAUUCACAGUUGCCAAGCUGGAAUCCGAUUACGGUGACCACCUCAACUCGAGCGCAUCGGACGACUUCUUCCCAGACAGCAACUUUACCGAAGGUCUGUACAUCGAUUACCGCUACUUCGACGCACAGAACAUCACUCCUCGAUAUGAGUUCGGCUACGGUCUUUCGUACACCACAUUCGAACUCGCUGAUCUCACUGCCGGCUUGACCACCGCUGCGGACACUGCUGAGUUCCCCGACCCUAGCAUCCCUAUUGUCCAAGGAGGACACCCGUCUCUUUGGGAAGUCAUUGCUGUUGCCAAGGCUUCUGUCACCAACACCGGUGAUGUGGAGGGUGCCGAGGUCGCUCAGCUUUACGUUGGAAUUCCUGACGAUGAUACCCCCGCACGUCAAUUGCGUGGAUUCUCGCGUCUUUUCUUGUCUCCUGGUCAGAAGUCCCCGGCGUCUUUUGAGCUCACCAGACGCGAUCUGAGCGUUUGGGACGUUGAGGCUCAGCAAUGGCGUUUGAAGAGGGGAACUUACACUAUCUGGCUUGGCAACUCCAGCAGAAACCUGUCUCUUCAAACUACGAUCGAGAUCAAGUAA